CAAUCAGUCGGGUGGAGAGUUCCCGACCUUCCUGCAGCGCAGCGUGAAACGUGGUGUGUGUGUGUGGAUGUGGAUGUUUCAUGGAAAUGGCAUGUAAACAGGUUUCUAAACAUGCUUGAGUUGUCCCUGUUGGUUUCGGUGUAAAUGCUCCGGCUUGUCAUCACUUUGUGCGCUCCUACGUCCCGUAAACACACCUGACCGUCAUCGCCAGAGUAGGCAGCAGCUAAACAAGGAGGAGGCCCUUUUGCCGCACACUCAUGCGCGCAGGGCAUCAUCCACCCACUGACUCCCGAGAACAAUCAGCCCUCAGAGAUAAAUGCCAGAUUCUCUCCCUCCGAGCUUCACUCUCGUCUCUGAAGACACGCAGCUCUGAACGUGGACAACCAGCCAGAAGAAAGCAAGAAUACAAUGAGGCAGCAGGUGUGGGAGAUCUCCGAUGAGAGGUGCGUGGGCCUGUGAGCGUGACCGACUCGGAGCGGGAAAUGCGGACCACUCUCGCUUUCUGCAGGGGCGAUGAUGAAGCCUGCGGUCAGCAGCGAAGCAUCGGCAGGGUGGGCUGGAUGAAGAGGCUGCUGUGGCUCAGAGCCAGUCCCAGCGGGGGCGUCCACACGGACACGGAGCCCGGAGUGUGGCUGAGGAGCUUCCAGCUGCUGGACACGGAUGGACAACAUGAGGAUCCGGUGCAGGAGUGGGGCGAGGAGGAGGAGGACGGGGCCAUUUUCGGCGUCACCCUGCGAAGGGAGCCCACCCCGCCGGGCUCGGACUCCCCGGACCUCUCCCCGGCGUUUGGCUGCGUCCAGUACCACACGGUGAAGGUCCGGAGGCUGAAGGCCGCCACCCUGGAGCGGCUGGUCUCCCACCUGCUGGACCCCGAGCGCCAGGAGGCCGACUUCAUCCACGUCUUCCUGUCCAUGCACCGGGCCUUCACCUCCACGGGCGCCUUCAUCGAGCUGCUGUUUCAGAGAGAUGAAUCACUCACCAAGCUGGAUAACGCCGUCAGCCGGCACAGUCCCGCUCUCCCGGUGGUCCGGCUGUGGUUGGAGGAGUACAGCAACGACUUCCAGGAGCCGCCUCAGUACCAGACCCUCCGGCUCCUGUGCACCCACCUGCGCCGUCGCCUCUGCUUCAGACGUUUGUUUCAGUCUGCCGAAGCUUUGCUCAAGAGACUCCAGGAGCAAGACGGCAGCCGCAGUUCAUCGCAGCACCUCGGCGAAUCACUGCAGUGCAGCGAUCAGAGCCACGGAGGAGAGCCGUCGUCCAAACAAGACAAACACAACUUCCUGGACUUCCCCGUCAGAGACGUGGCGGAGCAGCUCACCAGACUGGACGCUGAGCUGUUUGUGAAAGUGGUGCCGUUCCACUGCCUGGGCUGCGUCUGGUCGCAGCGCGACAAGAAGGAAAACCGCAAUCUGGCGCCGACCGUCCGGGCCACCAUAUCCCAGUUUAACGCCGUCACCAACCGCGUCAUCUCCUCCCUCCUCUGCCCGUCCUCGCCCGGCCCGUCCACGUCCUCCCCCGUCUCGUCUCCAGCCCCGGCCUCCACCUUCCUCUACCCGCCUUCGGCGCCUGGCUCGCCUCGCUGCUCGCACACCAGCCCAGUUCACAGGGCGCGCGUCAUCGAGUGGUGGAUCGCCGUCGCGCAGGAGUGCAGAGAGCUGAAGAACUUCUCGUCUUUGAAAGCCAUCCUGUCGGCCCUGCAGUCCAACGCCGUGUAUCGCCUCAAGAGGACCUGGGCUGCUGUGAGCAGGGAAAGUACAAUCGUCUUUGAUCAGCUGUGUGAGACGUUUCCCGACGAGAACUGCGUCCUCACCAACGGGGAGAUUCCAGUUGAGAGCUUCGGCUGCGGUGUUGUGCCAUACCUGGGAACAUACCUGACGGUCCUCACCAUGUUGGACACGGCGCUGACUGACACGGUGGAGGGCCGGCUCAUCAACUUUGAGAAACGGAGACGGGAGUAUGAGAUCCUCUCUCAGAUUCGACAGCUGCAGGCUUUCUGCUCCCGUUACAGCCUCUCGGUGAACUCUUCCAUCACCGCCUGGCUCCAGGCUCAAACUCUGCUCACAGACCAGGAGAGCUAUGAGAUGUCUCGUGAACUGGAGCCUCCUGUUGAUCCCUGCCCCAACUCUCCCAACUCCUGGAGCCGCCGUCUCCUGGCCAAUAAGCUCGCUUCGUUGCGAACCUCCCACUCUGAUCAGAUUAGCGUGUCAUCAUCUGGAUCCAGUGGUUCGGACCUGGAGGACCUCUCAAUCCCUCAUCUUUCCCCCCUCAGGCUCAAACUCAAGUCUCUCCCGGGCUCUCUACACAACGUGACGGAGGACUUCUCCAUGUCCUCCUCCUCCUCACCCAGCCUCUCCAGCUCGUCCUGCAGCUCCUCGCAGCCAGACCUCUCCUGCUCUUCUCUGACGCUCAGCCCAGAGUCGUCGUCUUCGUCUUCUUCUUCAUCGCGGUCCACCUGCUCGCCUCAGGCUGUGCUGCCGCUCUACAACAAACAGAUCGCAGACUCGUGUAUCAUCAGGGUCACAGUGGAGUGCGUCAGCAAUGGAAACGUUUACAAGAGCAUUCUGCUGACCAGCCAGGACCACACGCCGCAGGUCAUCCACAGAGCUCUGGAGAAGCACAACAUGGAGGACUUCAGGAGCAGCGACUUUGGCCUCUACCAGCUGCUCAACCAUGGAAGAGAGCUUCACAUUCCGGACAACGCCAACGUUUUCUACGCCAUGUGCACCUCGGCCAACUACGACUUUGUCCUGCGGCAGCGCUGGAGGAGCCACAGCAGGCAGUUCGGCUCCUUCUCCAGCCCCGGAGCUCGGCCCAGGGGGCGCCACAUCAAGUGAAGAGCCCGUUUCUGCACGGCGCCGUCGCCUGCUGACGAACUGCCCCCUCCUCGUCUGUGUCAGAGGCCCCUCAACCCAACAGUGGCUCCUCCUCAUUUCUGCUCCUCGCCAGCAGCCGACUGCGAACGAAGAACGACUUCUAGGAGUUCUCAGUUCCCCCGCAGCGCUAGAAGGUGCUGAAAGGAGACGGGCGUCGAGGACAACCCAGAGUCCUUUUUUUAUCUGGCAUGCUAGUGGGACGUCGGACUGGAGCGGGACGCGGAUCUCCUCUGGAGGAAAUGGUCUGCCGUCCCCGCCGGUGUUCCUGCACAGCCCUGAGUUUGACUCAUCAGUGGAAACUGCUCGGUGCUGCAGUGUGGCUGCAGAAGCGUUUUUGCUGAAAGGAGCUCUCACAGAUCAAAUAUAACAAAACAAGAGCUUGCUGGAGGACGUUCAAAGCACUCCGUGGAUCCCGCCGUCUCGUCCUCGAUACAGAAACAUUGUCCUGAGAGUCACUUAAGAGAAACGCACACGUCUUCGAGUUAAAUAUGUAACCGUUUUUAUAAAAGCUAAAUGUAAUUUUUAACUGCUUAAAUUAUUUAAUGCACUUCAGUAUUCAUGUGUCAGAGAAAAACGUUUGUGUUCAGCCUGUGUUCUUAUUCCUUGGACUCGCUUUUCCAAAAGGUAAAAGUUCUCGCCGAUGAUGAGCUAUAAGAUCUGUUACAGCUUCCCUGGGCUUUUUGAAAUGAUUCUUGCAAAAAGCAGAGUUAAAGCCUGUAAACGUGUGCUAGCGCGUUGAGCUGCGGCUUUCAGUCGGACUGCAGCCAGCUGUGGACGUUUGUUGUUCAAUAUUGGAUCAGCUAAAACUACUGCUGCCGUGUAUAGACGGUUAAUGAAGGAGUUUUGUUUCAGUUUCUCUGCUUAAAUGUGGCAUAAAGCCUUUGAUUUACGUCAGUUCUCAUGAGCUCAGCACAAGUUUGUUUCAGUUUAAAUGAAGAAAGCAUUUUUUUUAAUGCACUGUUGUGAAAUGAAGGAACUUCCUGCAGAUUUCAAGUGGAUUUAUACCAUCUAAGCCGGUGUGCAUUGUGCCAUUCCAUUUUUGUUUAAAGAUCGUUCUCGUUUUAUUGUUUUGCUGACUCGGUCGUAUAAGCAGCUUCUGGUCAUUUUGAAGGACGCACAGCGACUGAUCCGAAGGAGGUUUCUGGAAUGUGGGAAGACGCGUUUCCGCAUGUGUUUGCAUCGCUGGCUCGGGUUUUUAAAAGCUGCAGCCGUCUGAAGGUUGAAGUGAAGGUUUAACAGCAAAAGAGCUGAAAUCUGCAGCCAAGCAGGAAUUACAGGACGACUGCAGCCGUCUGCUCCUCCAUCCGUCGUGCAGUAUUAUUUUUAUGCCUACGACUUACCAAUAAUGUCACUUUAUUAACAUAUUUUAUUUGUUUUUUUUAAAGAGAUGUUUUAUUUUUGUUUAAUCUAAGCACAUUAUGUAUAUAUUUAGUAUUAAAUAUUCACUAAUAAAGCAAAUCUACAAUUUUCCA